AUGGGCGAGCUCGCAACGUGCCGGUACAGCCAUGGCAAGUGCAAGCUGCCGCGCGCCACCAAGAAGAAUGGCACGCUCCACACGCUCUGCGAGUACCACCGCACCAAGGCCUGCGCGCAUCAAAAGAAACUCGACGCCAAGCGCCGCAACGAAAAGCUCAAGCUCUUCCAAGACGACCCGUCGCUUCGCCCGCACGGCCGCAAACUCAUGGGCAAGCCGCUCUCGCCCAUCGUGGCGACCGGCAGCUGGCACGACAUCCACGAGACCGAGAACCGCGCGCCGCUGCCGACCCGCCAGUUCAACUGGGACCACCACCCGUCGCCGCCGCCGCUCUCGCCGUCGUUCCUCAAGCCGCUGCCGGCGACGGCGCACUAUCAACCGUCGUCGCAGGUGCACCACUACGUGCAGGCGUACCCGACGUACGACCCGUCGCCGCGGGACGUGUACCAAGGCAACGAGUACGACGAGAAUCGCCGCUACCACUUCUUCAACGGGCGGCGGGAGUAUUAUGCGCCGUCGCCGCCGCAGGCGCAGUACAACGAGCCGUUGCGGGCCGACCUCAUUUCGCCGCGCGCAGCGUACGACUAUUACGAGCCGAACCACGAGGCCGAGCCAGCGUACGCACGCUGGGGCAGCCAGCCCGUUGCGUACCACUCGUAA